UUGUCUUCUUGUUGUGAUCGGAAUUACGAUGUGGACUUGAUAGUUUCAUCCCGACGAUGGUUUUCGAAGUGAACUUAAUUAGAAUGUUCGUUUUAGUUCGAAUUCUGAUCUUAAAUUCCAAACUUUUCUGCCUCCGUCUCCCUUUCUCUUCACCCCACCACCCCUUCACCAGUUUUGUGCACGUAGCGCAUUUCAAGUAGCCUAGCUAUUAAUACUGUCGUUAAUUGUUAUGCGAUGCUAUGUAAAAUGAUAGUUAAGAGUGUCGUUAUAAGAUUACCACCGUUUGUUGGCAUGGAGUUUGAUGGUAAAAGACAUUAAUUAGGUCUGUUAAGUAACCCGGGAGGAGGGGUGGACGUGUUUUUUACACAUCUGUAAAAGGCAUCCAAAUUCAUUAAUUAAAUAGCUUAGUCGUUGUAGGCCUCAAUUUCCGCUAGUAUGUAGGCAGCGAACGGUGUAAAACUGGAUACCCGUUCGGCAGCACGCAAGCUUUGGGAUAAGGGACGUACUCAAGGCCGAGGUUUUGUGGUAGAUUACUAAACCUAUUUCAGGAACAAUUUUAUUGCACGGUACAUUCGUAUUGAAACGUUAUCUGGGUGCAGUGUCUGGGAGGCAACUAGCACGGCUGCUGCAGUUUAGGUUGACAGCCGAAUGUAGAUUAAAACGUGAUGUUAGCUAUCCAAUCUGUUCAGUGUUGUUAGCUCGCCAAGUGUAGCUAAGUUAAGUGCCACGAAUGUUAUUCGGGUCUUUUGUUUAAUGGUAUAACGUCAAUGAACAACAAGCCAUUUCGGAUUGUCGUCGAUGAGGAGCCAGGUGAGACUGUGAGCAGUGGCAGUAACGGGGUGUCAAUGUGGUUGUGUCCACUUUGUCAGCAAGGACAGCCCGACAGAGACGGACUCUCUCUGCAUCUGACAGGCAAACACAGUGUACUUCCUGCCUGCCUGGACAAAUUACUGGAUAUUGCUGUCCAGACACACUCCUCAAGUGAGGAUGCUGAAGGCAGCGUUCAGAGAGAAACUGCAGAUGCCUGUUCGGAGCCCACCCAGGACGAAGGGGAUUCCAGAAAAACACAACAGAUUGCUGACAGUGGCCAAAUGAGGUCAGGGGACAAAGAGACUGCCACCCUGGAAAAGGAGACGGUUGACGAGGUGGAGGGGAUGCAAGACCCGGAGGGCGAUGUGGGUGUUUUGGAGUCGGAUCAGGAGAGUGCUGCUCAGUCCUCAAAAGCCCCUGGAGGUUCUGUCAGUAAUGACAAAUCCACGGGUAAAAAUGAAGCCGGAACAGAGAGCAAAAGCAACCGUCCGUUCAAGUGCAACGCAUGUCUGGAGUCAUUUGCCACCAAAACAGCACUAAGUGUACAUUACAACUCGGCCACCCACAUCCAGAGGAUGAGAACUGGGUCUUCGAAGCAGGCUGGGGAAAACGAUGCUUCAGGGCAAUAUCCCCCCCGCCCUUACGUCUCCAACAAGCCCUACCAGUGUGCUGUGUGUCGAGUCUCAUACAAUCACGCCAUCACACUUGAGAGUCAUUUGAAAUCUGUGUUGCACCAAACUCGAAGCAGAAAUGCAAGCACUUCAGCCAACAAGACUCCUAGCAGUUCAAGCAACAGCAGCAGCAUGGUUCCCAGUUUGGUUGUUACAACCACAGGCAAUGCUGCACAGUUAGUAAACACUACCACCAGCAAUUGCAUCACCCAACCCAGCCUGACUGCGUCUGCAGCCACAACCAAAGAUGGAGAGCAAAUUCAGCCAGCCCCUUCGCUUCUCACCGCUCCCGUGGCCUCUGCUCAGGCAGUCUCUGCCUUCCUCACUCUCCUGACCUCUAGUCCCAAUUCUAUCCCACAUUCCAUCCUCCCAUCUCUGUUUGCCACUGGAGCGGGCACCACACCCGGCACUGCAGGUCCCCAGCUCAUCCCCCAGGCACAGGUGCUCAUGCCACUGAUACUGAAUGGGCUGCAGACCCAGAACCAGAGUUCAAACCCCGACUCGCCCAGUCAGCUCAUGCCCCAGUCUCUCCCUUUGCUGGGUCUCACGGCUGCACAGCAAGCUCUUCUUGCCCAAAGACUCGGUGGCUUACAAAGUCAGUGGUCAUCAGUUGGACUUCAGGGCACAGCACAGCCUGAUACAGAGGAUUCGGAAAAGGGGGCAGAAAAAACAAGUGGCUUGCAAAGACCCUGUGAGGAGACGAAGAGCGAGCCAAAACCAGAGCUGUUGCCAAUAAAGCUUGACAUUAAAUCUGUGGUGAAGUCGGGGGGGCUGAAGAAAGAGAUUAAAGAGGAGGAGCAGGGUAAAAUGUUUGCCCGUGAACAGAGUUGCGCCUUAAAAACCGAGGAAAACAGGGUUGAGGAUGACAUAGAGCACAUGGACAAAGGGCAGGAGGACGAUACUGAUGAAGAGAGCACAAUGGAGCGGGAGAGUGCAGAGUCUGAUACAAAGAAGUUGCCUUGCACAAAUGUAACAAAUUCUCUUGCAGCUCCCGGACAAUCUCUCCUUGGUGAUGGCACAUCGUCUGACCCUGACCAGGCCCAGUGUUUUACUCCUAAACACAGACAGACUGUAAACAGCACUGAGCUCAAGACACGCCCUGCUAAAGCAAGCCCCUUAAAUGCCUCCCUUGCCUUAGGCCGAUCUGGCCUUGGUGGCUCUAGGCCUCGGCCUCCCUUUUCUCCAGGAGCCCCUGUGCUUUCAGAGUUCCAGUAUCAAGUUUUGUUGGCCUUUCUGGAAUCUAGAAGUGAAGCUGACGCUGCAAGCCCCCCACGAGAGGACUGCGAAGCACUCGGUAGGGAGGUGGGGCUUACAGAGGAGGAGGUACGCAAAUGGUUAGAAGAUGCCCAUCAAGCCAAAGAGAGACAGAAAGCUGGAGAACAUGGGAGAGUGGACGAGAAAGAUGAAGACCAGGACGAUGAUGAUGAGGAAAGCGCACUUACCAUUGAUGAGAGUCCAGUCAGGACUGCUGUCCAUGCCAUUGACUUGUCCAGUGGGGGAGAUAGACGAAGGGAGAAGGAGCGGGAAAGCCAAGGUGACCCCUGUUUGACCUCUGACUCUGAGAACGAAGAGGUGUACACCUCUGUCAUCGUGACUGAUGAGGAAAGCCAGAGUAGCUCCAUGAGAGAAGAGCCAAGCAGUCCCGCUAAAGAAGUACCACAGAGAGAACAGGCUGGGGAGAAGACCUCAUGUGGGGGUAAGGUACUCAGAUCCACUACAGUUUUCCUCUCCGAUGCAGAAGAGGACGAGGACGAGGAAGAGGGUGGGGCCCACAUGGGGAAGAGAAAAAAGAGGAAAAGAGAGCCUGACGGAGAGGACGUUGAAGCCAAGAGGGAUCGACCGGAUCCCGACCUGGAUCUGGAGUUGGAAGCUCAGGCUGACCCUCCCACUCCCCUCUCGGUUGCCAUUGAUCAGAGAGGUCUCCCCAGUGGUAUUCUUCAUUCGCUGCCUCUCUCACUCUCUCUCGCUCCAUUCUCCACUCAGUUCAUCAGUCCCUAUGUGCUUUCUCUUCCCUCGUCUGUGGUGGGGGUCGGAGUGGCAGAGGGCGACGGUGGAAAAGUAGCCGCCUUUCCAAACGCUCAGACCAUCGCUCAUUGCUCGGCCACGUUCUCAGAUCCUCUCAAUCCACCCGGCUUGUCCUCCCACUCACAUCAUACUCACUAUAUGUCCAAUGGUGGGGACUGUGAGACUGCAUUGGACCUCAGCAUGGGAAAGAACCAUGGCUCCACAAAGGCUUCCACGUCUGUCAGUGUGGCUGAUAUGACCGCGGCACAAAAAGGACGCUUGUUAGACGGGCUUGGGCUUAGACCGGCAGCUGUUGGGGUUCCAAGUGAAGGCGGUCUUAUCGUUCUCCAAGUGAAGCCCGACUCGGCUAUUGCUAUUCCAGCUUCCAACAAUAGCAACUUCAUCAACCACAAUAACUUGGCGAAGACCAACGCCGUGCUUAUGAGGGCAGCCGAGAGAGAUCACACAUCCACAACAGACAGAGAGAAAGAGAAGGAGAGGGAGAAGGAGCAGAGGAGGCCCAAGGCGAGGCGGUUCAAAGACAUGAGAAGAUCUAGAACCAUCAUCCAGGCGGAGCAGCUUGAUGUCCUCUAUGGCUGCUACUUCAAAGACCCGAACCCAGGAAAACAUGAGUUUGAGCAAAUCUCAGAGUGGGUACAUCUUCCAAAGAAAGUGGUACAGAUCUGGUUUCAGAACAUGCGAGCAAGGGAACGAAAAGGGGAGGUCCGGUUCAUAAGCGACGGCACUCUGGCAGCCGUGGGCAAGCCACUCAUUAAGUUCACAUGGCCCUUAACGCAACCCAUCUUCUCGAGCAGCCCCAAGAAUAGCACCCACUCCAUCUCAUCUACUGGAGCCACAACUGUAAAUAUUCACCCUAAACCAACACCAGGAAAAGAGGAGAAGGUGGCGAUGAGCCUGGGGACUAGCAGACAGAAAGAAGCUGCAUCUGCUUCAGCUGUUGCUAGCAGUGGAGGAUCUGUAGUGGUGCCCAAGCCCAAACCUGACCCACCCACCACCACGCCUGUUACAAUGGUCAAAAUUGCCCCUAAAGCCAAUCAUCCAAUAAUCCAAGUGUCAGCCAUGGAUACCACCCCUACUUCAUUCUCUCCAUCUCCGAAACCCAACCCUGAAGAGGAACACGACAAUCCAGAGCAAGAUGAGGAGACUGACCAGGACAGUCCUGGACCAGGAGCCACUAACCGCAUGGUAUCCAAAUCCUCUACAUCACCUGCCAGCACCGGGCCUGAGAAAGCUACAGGAGAGUCCCAGCAACACAAUGGGAUCAAUUAUUGGUCCCCCAAAAGCCCCUUCAAAAUCAACACUCUCUCACGCGAGCAGCUGGGACUCGCUUCACUUUGUACUCGCAAUCUUACCCCCACCACGGCACGGAACCCCACUCCCACCCCAUCACCGCGGAACCCUACCGCCACCACUCCACCACGAAACCCCCCCUCUACAACAGCUCGGAUUCCCACAUCUACCACAGCAGUUGUCACUACCACUUCCACUUCCACACCUACACCCACCGUUGCAAAAUCCAGCCAAAGGGAUGUUGGAUUUCUGACACACUCCACGCCAAGGCGACCACGUACGCACCUUACUUGUCUCCAGCUGUCUAUUCUACAGUCAUGCUACGAGACGUGUGCUCAUCCCAAUGCACUCGAAUGCGAGGCAGUCGGAACUGAGCUGGGACUCCCCCUCAAAGUUGUGCAAAUCUGGUUCCAAAAUACGCGAGCUAAGGAAAAAAGAUGGAGGCUUCAGCAGGAAAAGCUGUCUCCUAGUUCAGACCCCUCUAAGAAGGUCGAGAUCAGCGCUGCAAGCUACCUGCAAUAUAACGCUCUAAGAGCCAACCGUCCCAUCCUCCCCAAACCAGUUCAACUGACAGUCGUGGAGCCCUCACAACCGCCAGGCGUGGGCCAGCCGGCAGGCCGCGAGACCCUACGGGGCCGAUGCGAGGCCUGCAACGCGUCGUUCGAGUCCAGAGCAGCAGCACGUGCACACGUUUUCUCCCCUCGCCAUCUUGCCACACUUAGAACCACUAACUUUGGCCAACCAGCAGCGCUUCUCAACAAUGGUUCUGGCACCGGGGCCGGUUCUAACUCGAGUGUCACAGCUGUGUCUUCUACCCCAUCGCCAGCCAGCAGCACCACCAGCUAAGGCCUAGACCUAGUCUAGCAAACAGACAUUGGACCUUGAGCUUUUAAUAGACUUGAGAUGGGUGCUGUCUUUCAAGCAAACCUUUGUGUCUCCAAUACUGAAGGGGCCCCCCUUUUGCUCACCAUCCUUUUUCUCUCUUUCUGGUCAUCAGUUGGGUGUGAACUCAAGAUGAUUUUAAUCCAACAGGGCUCAUUCAGUUACAUUUUUUCACACGGCUUUACCUAAAGUAAUUAAAUGACUGCAUCGUCUUGGCCAUAGUUCAUGAUUUCGUGGUAGUGGUCGUUACCCACCUUGUCUAGAAACGUCUUGACUCCUACUUAUUUUGCAGUUGUAACGUGUGUUCAUGGACCAUGUAUUUAGGCAGGUGUGCCUCUUAAUGAGACGUGUUCUCAUUUCAAAGAAUUGAAAAAUGGACUUGGUACUACCAUUUUUUGAGAUGGCAUCCUCAAAACGAUUAUUUCAGCUUUUACUUUUGUUAAAGUAUGCCUCCAAAUGUCCCUGUAUGUUUUCCUGCCAAUGUCUACAGUCUCCAUUCAAGUGGUUUUCCUGUAAGUAGGUGGUGUGGUUAAAUAGGGAUAUAUCCCAAUCAAAUGAUCAGAAACCUGUAAUGAGGUAUGUGUCGGACAGAUGAUCAAAUUUUAGUGGUGGGGAGGGGAAGGGAGAGGUUUGGAAGGGACGGAGGUCAAAGGGGUUGGCUGAUAUGCAGGUUCAUUCGUAAUUUCAGGAGAACUUAGGAAGGCUGGGCUAGAAAAUCUGGAAGUGCUGUUACAAUGACUUCCAUCAGGAAGCAGACAUUUUGAAACAGUCAAAAUGACAAUCUGAGGAAGAGAGAAUAGAUAUUGAAUAAUGAAAUCAGAUACUUUUCAUAUAGCACUUUGGUUGUGUUUAAGUGUGAGAGACUACGCUUUUUAAAAUGAAACCGCUGCGCAAAUACAUGUGGCAUAACAAAUAUUUUACUGUAAUCAGAUAAUGUACCUAUCUGCUUCGUGGUCCUCCUAAUGACUCAAAUCACAAGUAAUAAACAGGAGUGAACUUUUAAGAUCAGCAAAAAAGAAGACUAUAUAACUGUCAUCCAGUUUCAUAUUUUUAUUUGCUCUUAAGAUAAGGAAAACAUUUUUUAAUGAAGUUAAUAUACUGAAAUUGAGUUAAUGUACAAUAAUGUAUCCCAAAUGAGAUCACUCUCAGAAAUCAAGCUGUUAAGGACAAGAAAGUACAGGGUCUGUCAUUUGAAUAGGUAUAUAUUAUUUUUUCAUUCACUGUCUUGAUGCAUUGUAUGUUCUUGCUUUUUUUCUGUUUUCUGCAUAAUCAUGCAGUGGUUCUGGAAAACCAGCGAGAAGAGGGUGUGGUGUUAAUCACAAGGUCUCCCUUUACUGUUAUGGACUUUCACAAAUCAGUAUAUUAUUAUUCGAAUGGAUGGAGCAAAAAGGAAGUGCCGUUUGAAGGACAUUAAAUACUAAAGAUGUUUUUUCCUUUUUAAGUUGUAUAUUAUUGUUAUUAUUAAUAAUGCUAUUAAUAGUUUAACAAAAUGCAAAGCUAAAAAUUAAAACUUUUUUAAAAGAAUUCUAUUAACAAAAAAAAGAUAUUCCAAAGUUAUUCUUCCUUUGCUGUCUGUCAUUAAAAAAACCAAAAAGCAAUCUUGAGGUUGACAGAGAGCGGGAGAGACACUCUUAAUGCAAACUGUACAGGAUCUCCCAAAACCUUGACACUUUGAGCUAGUCCAAGAUUUUACGCAUGAGCUACAGAUGACGAAUGCAUUUCAGCCAACACAACACGGGGCACUUGAUUGUGUAUUCAAAGACUACAUGCUUUUAAUAUACUCUUGUUAAUUGCUAAUACUUUUGUAACACGCUGUGUUGAGCUGUAGCUCAUGCACACAAUAAAUGGACUGGGUUGCAGUGCUACGCUACAGAAAUGGGAACACACAGUGUUGCACUGUUCAAAGUAGAUAGGUGGUCUGUUUCUUUUUUAUUCUAAUCAUUUUUCAUUGUCACUUGAUUAUCACUUGUUAACUGUACUACUAUUGUUGCCAUUUAUUCAUCACUGUUUUGAUUACUAUUGAUUCAUGACGGUUUUAAUUGCAUCUCUUAACUUCAGUGAGAUGGCAUACGUAUGAAUAUUGAACAAUAAUGGUGGCAGUGUUGUUUAAAAUAUUAGAUUUUUUGAUUAAGCUUGUUUUCUUUUCUUUCCUCACUUGUACCUUCAUUUUGUGUUGGAUUCCCAUUCUGUUUUCUUAUACAGAAGUGAAAUAAAAAACAAUUGAACUUUU